GGCACCAAGGCCCAUGAGCAAUAACCGUCUUCCUAUCGGUGUAGGCCAUCUUCAGGACCGGAGAAGGGAUUUAAAAAUAUAUUUAAUGAUUUUCCUGCUAAUCAUCAUUUGAAACACCUUAUGUAGUAUAAACGCACAGAGGGGGAGCGGCCGCUUCUUAACAGCAGUAACAUCAAACGGGUCCACCAUUAACUUAAUUUUCUUUUCCUCCAUGCAUCUGAAAAAAUGUCUUCUUUAGAGAAAGAGUUGUUCUUGAGUAAAUUGCCUUCACGACCACCGAUGCGGCCAGGUCUUCAGACGGGGUCCAAAAUGAGGAUGGGCCCUGGAAGAAAACGGGACUUCUCACCAGUGCCCUGGAAUCAUUAUUUUGAAACAAUGGAAGAUGUCAUAAUUAAGAGGGGAAAAAGUAAAGAUUCUUUUCGAAUCUACAAAAGUGGAUCUGAAGGACCUGUCCUUUUAUUAUUACAUGGAGGAGGCCAUUCAGCCCUCUCCUGGGCAGUUUUUUCUUCCUUGAUUAUCAGUCGUGUUAAAUGCAGAGUUGUGGCAGUAGACCUGCGAGGCCAUGGUGAUACAAAAGUCGUAGACAGUGAUAAUCUUUCAGCAGAAAAAAUGUCCAGGGAUGUUGGAGAUAUAAUUAACACACUAUACGGUGCAAAUGCUCCCCCAGUUCUGUUGAUUGGCCAUAGUAUGGGGGGAGCAAUAGCAGUUCAUUCUGCAGCAAAGAAUCUUGUUCCAUCUCUCCAGGGCCUCUGCGUGAUUGAUGUGGUGGAAGGCACAGCAAUGGACGCUUUAAACAGCAUGCAAACGUUUUUACGAAGUCGGCCGAAAAUAUUCAACUCUGUUGAAAGUGCCAUUGAAUGGAGUGUUAAAAGUGGUCAGAUACGAAAUCUGGAAUCGGCAAGAGUAUCCAUGCUUGGUCAACUAAAACGAUAUGAGGAAGAGCAGAAUUCUCCAGGGAGCUCUCACGCUUUUGUAGACACUGCGAUUAAUGAAGAAGAUGAAGAAGAAGAAGGAGGAAUCGCAAAGAAGGAGAAAAAAAAUGAGCCAAGCAUAAGUAUAAAAGAAGACAAACCGGAGUACACAUGGCGUAUUGAACUAUCUAAAACUGAGAAAUACUGGGAAGGGUGGUUCAAAGGUCUAUCUAACCUCUUUCUGAGUUGCCCAGUCCCCAAACUACUAUUACUAGCAGGUGUUGAUAGAUUGGAUCGAGACCUCACGAUUGGUCAAAUGCAAGGAAAAUUUCAAAUGCAAGUCCUACCACAGUGUGGCCAUGCUGUACAUGAAGAUGCCCCAGAUAAAGUAGCAGAAGCACUUGCAACAUUUAUGAUUCGUAACAAGUUUACAGAAUCAAAGGGUGAUAUUCAAAGCAGUUACCCCAGUUUUUAAUAGAUCCAGCAGCCUUCAGAUUCAACUUUGCGUCUAGCUGCACCAGGGGCCACUGUGAAGUAUCCACAUAUUGCCAUCCACCUAAUCUAAUACAGAGAAGCUGGGAAUGACAGAAGUCCAGAUUCCUCCACCACUCCACUGCAUUCAUUGGUAGAAUCUGGCACUGCACAAUGGUUGAAUAAUACAACCUGUUUGUGAUUCGAAGAUUAAAAUCAAUUAAAAGGGGAUUGCUUGCUCA